GUGAUAAAAUGUUCCAAAUUUUAGAUAUUAUUGCAUGCCAACUUUUCAGAAAUAUUUGGAUCCACACUGAAGCAUUCCGAUAUGAGUUGUGGAUUAAUCGUGCGUCGGUCACUAUUUGCUUACACAGUCAUAGCUCUAUACUUGUAUAUAUCUCGGGCCAUUUGCAUGAGAAAAUAGACCCCUCUCCCAGUAAUUAUACUCCUUCAACAAUGCUAUGGGGGUGUUUUCUCUUCACUUUGCCGAUUAUGAUAUACCUAAUAAUUUGAUAGUGAUAAACAUAGUCCUACAAGCACCGUGUCGAAAUCACUGUGAUACCAUUGCAAAAAUCAGCAAAGAAAAUAAUCAAAUCAGAAAACUAGGAAAAAGAUUAAAAACAAAAUAUGUGCAGGCAGCUGAGUCAUUGUGGGAUAAAGAGAAAUACGGUCCAGCUGGAGUAUUUUACAAACUGAGCAAAAGUUGUUUUCCACACAAAGCUCUUCAGUACAACUUCAAUGUUUGUCCGUUUCAAAGCGUGACACAGGAGCACUUCCCAACUGAACGUUGGACUCUUGGCGGGAAGUCGUCAUGGAAACAAAAAUCUCAUGGACAGUUCCUGUUGGAGAUGUCCGGAGGUGACGCGGUCAAUUGUCCCGAGGGAAGACCUAGACAAUCAUUAAUUUUAUUUCUGUGUGGCAUUAACGACCGCGUGGUUGAACUGAGGGAGGACCAGCGAUGUGAAUAUGUGAUCAAGUUUGCCACCCCAGCAGCCUGUUAAAAGUCCAAAGUUGUGGCCAGUUAGCAGUCUGAAGUCAUGUGUCCAGCAUCCUAUCCGAUGUUAGGUGUCCAGAAGCCUGUUAACAGUCCUAAGUCACAUGUCCAGCGGCCUGUUAACAGUCCUAAGUCACAUGUCCAGCGGCCUGUUAACAGUCCUAAGUAAAUGUCCAGCGGCCUGUUAACAGUCCUAAGUCUUAUCCAGCAUUCCAUUUUACAAAAGGCCUUGCAACUAAGACCAGCAUUCUAAUACCUCUCAUUUUUUCAUUUCCAUGUACAAUUUGUGAAAAUCUGGCUUUAUAUACUUGUGUACUUGAGAUAUGCCAUAAAUUUACACUUUUAAAGAGGUACAGCAUUGAAUGAAUUUUAAGAAGUACUUUUGGUCAGAAAUCAUAAGACCUUUUGUAAAUUGGGUCCCUGGGUAUUAUACAAUACUGAGUACAUUUUUAUAUUAUAAUUUCUAAAAGCUUUUAAAACUCAUCAGAUGAAAAAUAGUGCAGAUGAAGUUACAUAUUGAGCCUUGUUAAUUCGAUAUUUACAUGUUUCUUGUAAACAGUGAAUCAUAUCUACAUGUAGAAGUGACCACCAUUAAUUAAACAUGUCACAUGAGGAGAGAUGCAAAUGAAAGUUAGAUAUUAAAUUUUGUUCAUAAGGCAUUUAAAUGGUAAUUUUCUAUGCAGCUGUAUAUUUUAAGAGUACACACAGCAUUGUACAUAUAUGAAUAUAUACAUUUUCAAUGUUUUUGCCUUUGAUAUCUUUACCAAUUGGAAUGUUAGCCAUUUCGUCCUGAAUUUGAAUAAUGUGCGUAUGAAUCCUGAUAAAUAUAGUACGACUAUAGCUAGGAAUUCUCCAACAGGAAUGAGAGUGUAAAUAUAAAUGAUAAUUUUAUUUUCCUUUUUGAAAAUACUUGAAGGUAUGAACAGCAAUGCUUUACACCAAGAGCUUCAUGAAGUAUACAGGCAUAAAGAUUUGCAGUUUAUAUCCUCUGUAUAUUUCAAAAAUGAAAUUGUGAGAGAGGAGAUAGGCACCAUUUGUGAGUGUAACACUGAGCUUGUAGACAUUCUACAGACACUCUACAGACAUUCUACAGACACUCUACAGACAUUCUACAGACAUUCUACAGACACUCUACAGACAUUCUACAGACACUCUACAGACAUUCUACAGACACUCUACAGACACUCUAUAGACAUUCUACAGACAUUCUACAGACACUCUACAGACAUUCUACAGACCAUGAUUGAUUGAUACUUUACCGAUACUUAUUAAAAGAGAAAAAUCUCAAUUGAAUUUUGG